CGUCCAGACACCCUCGGCUCCAGACAAGCAGACAAGACCAGCAGACAUGAGGGAGUGCAUCUCCAUCCACAUCGGCCAGGCGGGCGUGCAGAUCGGCAACGCCUGCUGGGAGCUGUACUGCCUGGAGCACGGCAUCCAGCCGGACGGACAGAUGCCCUCCGACAAGACCCUGGGCGGCGGCGACGACAGCUUCAACACCUUCUUCAGCGAGACGGGCGCCGGCAAGCACGUGCCCAGGGCAGUCUUCGUGGACCUGGAGCCCACCGUCGUGGACGAGGUGCGCACCGGCACGUACCGCCAGCUCUUCCACCCGGAGCAGCUGAUCACGGGCAAGGAGGACGCCGCCAACAACUACGCCCGAGGCCACUACACCAUCGGCAAGGAGCUGGUGGACCUGGUGCUGGACCGCGUGCGCAAGCUGUCCGACCAGUGCACGGGGCUGCAGGGCUUCCUCGUGUUCCACUCCUUCGGCGGCGGCACCGGCUCCGGCUUCACCUCGCUGCUCAUGGAGCGCCUGUCCGUCGACUACGGCAAGAAGAGCAAGCUGGAGUUCUCCAUCUACCCGGCCCCGCAGGUGUCGACGGCGGUGGUCGAGCCCUACAACUCCAUCCUCACCACGCACACCACGCUCGAGCACUCGGACUGCGCCUUCAUGGUGGACAACGAGGCCAUCUACGACAUCUGCCGCCGCAACCUGGACAUCGAGCGCCCCACCUACACCAACCUGAACCGCCUGAUCGGCCAGAUCGUGUCGUCCAUCACGGCGUCGCUGCGCUUCGACGGCGCGCUCAACGUGGACCUGACCGAGUUCCAGACCAACCUGGUGCCCUACCCGCGCAUCCACUUCCCGCUGGCCACCUACGCCCCUGUCAUCUCCGCGGAGAAGGCCUACCACGAGCAGCUGACUGUGGCCGAGAUCACCAACGCGUGCUUCGAGCCGGCCAACCAGAUGGUGAAGUGCGACCCACGGCACGGCAAGUACAUGGCCUGCUGCAUGCUGUACAGGGGAGACGUGGUUCCCAAGGACGUGAACGCGGCCAUUGCCACGAUAAAGACCAAGAGAACCAUCCAGUUCGUGGACUGGUGCCCCACCGGCUUCAAGGUGGGCAUCAACUACCAGCCGCCCACGGUGGUCCCCGGGGGGGACCUGGCCAAGGUGCAGCGCGCCGUCUGCAUGCUGUCCAACACGACGGCCAUCGCCGAGGCGUGGGCGCGGCUGGACCACAAGUUCGACCUGAUGUACGCCAAGCGUGCCUUCGUGCACUGGUACGUGGGCGAGGGGAUGGAGGAGGGGGAGUUCAGCGAGGCGCGCGAGGACCUGGCGGCGCUGGAGAAGGACUACGAGGAGGUGGGCGUCGACUCCGUGGACGGCGAGAUGGACGAGGCCGACGAGUACUAGAGCCCGGCGUCUGGCGAGUCGACGCGUGGGCCUGCCCCGCGGGGAGCAUGCCCCUCGCUGGCACACGCCACGUGGGACCAUCUUCCACGGCGAUGUGCCGCACCAAGAUAUUCUCCUUGUGCCACACUGGGACAUUCCUCACAAGGAUGAGCUACAUGUGGAUAUUCCCCACGGGAAUGUUUAACAUGUAAAUAUGUUAUUAAUGGAUGUGCCACAAGGGGAAACUCCUCUCGGAUUCCUUCCACGUGGAAUGCAUCACACAUAUGCACAGGCAAUAGCAAACCAGCACUGAGCAAUUAUAAUGUUAAACGAGCAUGUAUCACAACAGCUGAUCAAGUACUGCCUACUAUGAUUCAGAUGAAAGUAAGAAAUAAAUAUGUAUUAGUAUAAACAUGAAGAGUGGUCAUUUUGCUAUUUUUUUCUGUGAAUUCAGGCAGUCAAAUUGAAAUAUUUUUAUUUAAAUCUCAGUGGAAUAUAGUUUUAUGGUGUAGAAAACUCAGAGUAUUUAAUAAGAGCAUUUAAUCAUAUAUAUAAAAUGUUUUAAAACACGUAAAACAAGAAAACAAGUAAAUGGUUUAAGAAAAUCAGUUAAACAAACGAACGAUUGUACAGAUGGACAGUCAAUAAUGACAGCAUGAUAAGAGAGAGGUACAUAUUACGAACACAAAACAGGAGACACAAACCAAUGCCAAGGUGAAACAAAACUGAGAUAUACACAAAAUCUAGACAUCGAAGGAGACCUUCACUUUGUGUUUGGGACAUAAAUUUUCAAAGAUUACGAUGGUUUUGGUUUGUUAUUUUUGUACAAACUUUGUUACAAAAACAGUACCUUUCUGCUGUGAGUAAAUCUUUUUGAAUCAAAAUGACUUAAUGUUUUUUUGCAUAUUAUUAGAUUUAAUAAAAAAUAUUUAUUUUAUCUUAAUUUUUUUACUUAUACUUUAUUGUAAUAAUUAUGGUGGGAUUAGCUUAGGAUGUAUAAUAAAAAACAACUAAUGUUUACUGAUUUAUAUGAUAAAGCAAACAAAUUUAGUUAAUAGUAUGAUAUUGCCCAAAAGAAUUUUAAAAUGUAGAAAUUUUUUUGACAUACCAGUAGAUAAUGUAGUUUAACUCUCUUAAUACUCAAUUGUAGUGAUGGCAUUUUCACAGAAAAAUAUUUUUAACAGCUAUGCACAACAAAGUCUUUUUAUAUUAUACACAAAAAAACAUGUUGCUACAUUCUACUUGAAGGACACAUUAGCGAGAAUUUGGAUACACAUUUACUGACUGUUGCAGACAAAAUGACAAAACGCAGCUGAUUGUGUGAACAUGUAGUUGUAAGUUUACACCAUUUUUGAAGUAUUGCACUUCUCACUGUGUAAAAUUAUUUUAAUAAACGUGAAUUUUACA